AUGAAUUUUUUUCGUUGCAAUUGCACCAAUAUUGAAUAAGGAUUAGAUAUUCCUAAUAGUAAUCUCUACAUAGAACAAAUCAUCUUGCAUUCUAUGAAUUAGGAUAAAGUUAUCUCCUUAACUAUGGAUUUAAAUGUUAUUUUAGAAGGAUUCAAGUUAAACAGAAAGAAGGAUUGUCUUUAUUUGCAAGAUCUUAGGGAUUUCAAAGAAGAUCUUCAUUAUACAUUAACAAAAUUAAAUCGACAGUUCUAGUAAUUUUUGAUAUUACAAUAUACUAGGAUUCUUUUAAACAAUUAAGAUGACAGUAGUUAACAAUUUUAUUUAAAUUUAAACUUAUAUGUGUAUGAAGGCUGUUAUAAAUUAUUAUACUUACAAUAAAAAGACUCAUAUUUUUAAAAGGAUGAUUAUAUCUAUGGAGAAUGGGAAAUCAUGGGUUCUACUUAAGAAAUUCAAAUAGAAUUUAUAUGUAGUAUUAUAAUCUAUUAUUAAUUCUUAGAAGAUAAAAAUAACCAAGAAUAACAUAAUCAUUUAUUAAGAGAUUUAACUAAUUGCACUUAGAAUCAACUAGCAGAACAUAAUAUAGAAGAUGAAAAUCCUAAGAUAAAGUACUCAAUAAGUAAAACGCCUAAACUUAAGAGAAAGCGCUGA